AUGUCGGCCGGGGGCGAGCACCUCAAGGAUGAGGGCACACCACGCCAGGUUGUUCUCGCAGGCGGGAUCGCCGGGCUCGUCUCACGAUUCUGCGUUGCGCCCCUCGAUGUCGUCAAGAUCCGCCUCCAGCUCCAAAUCCACUCGCUCUCCGACCCAGCGUCCCAUAAACAUGUCACCGGGCCAAUCUACAAGGGCACCCUCGCGACAAUGAGGGCGAUCCUCAAACAAGAAGGCAUCACGGGCCUCUGGAAAGGCAACAUCCCCGCCGAACUCAUGUACGUCUGCUACGGCGCGGUCCAAUUCGCCGCCUACCGCACAACAACGCAAGCCCUCGCGCACCUCCACCCGCACCGUCUGCCACCCGCCGCCGAAUCCUUCGUCGCCGGCGCCGUCGCCGGCGGCCUCGCCACUGCCUCCACCUACCCGUUGGACCUGCUGCGCACGCGCUUCGCCGCGCAGGGCUCCGAGCGUGUCUACACCUCGCUGCUGGCGUCUGUGCGGCUGAUUGCACGCACCGAGGGCGCCGCCGGCUUUUUCCGCGGCUGCUCCGCCGCCGUCGGCCAGAUCGUCCCGUUCAUGGGUUUGUUCUUCGCGACGUAUGAGACGCUGCGGCCCGCGAUCGUCCAGUAUGAGGGUCUGCCGCUGGGGACGGGGGAUGCCGCGGCGGGUGUGAUCGCCAGUGUCUUUGCGAAGACGGGAGUUUUCCCGCUCGACCUGGUGCGGAAGCGGUUGCAGGUCCAGGGCCCCACGCGUACGAUGUAUGUGCAUCGCAAUAUCCCCGAAUAUGGCGGCGUUUUCAACUCCAUCGCCUUGAUCCUGCGGACCCAGGGCUUCCGCGGUCUCUACCAAGGUCUGACGGUGAGUCUUCUCAAGGCAGCACCGGCCAGCGCAAUCACGAUGUGGACCUAUGAGAGAUCGCUCAAGCUACUGCAAGAGAUGGAUGUUGCGCCAGGUGAUGCGACAUGA